AUGGGGGAAAACCCACCGUGCCGGAAAUCCAAGGGGUACUUUGACUUCGAGCAGCUUAAAACUUGUGCACACAACGAAUAUUGCCAUAAUUCCUCUAAUUAUGUUUUGGGCAUCAUCGGCAAAUUUAUUAAUUUUGGCGCUUUGAGGACUGACAACGUGCUAUCGAUCUCAAUUAACCUAAAUGUUGACUCUGUUUUGCAUAUAUUUCUGGUUGUUAUAUGGUGUUAUCUUACUACAAACCAACUACAUCUCUCAUCUGAGCUUCGUUCCUACUUGCGAUACCAUCGGUUCGUGACGGUCUACACCACGAUUUCGGCGCUGCUCGAGACCCCGACAAAAGAUGGCGCCGCGGGUGGCAUUUGGAUGCUGGGCCCUGUGUGGAGUAAGAAAGUCGGGCCGUACGGUAUGCUAGGAAAGAAGCGGCUCCCCGGGUUGUCACUCGAGGUUCAGGAUUUGCCGGAGUUGGAUGCGAUGUGUAUCAGUCAUGAUCACGAUAAUCAUUUGGAUAGCGAGAUGUUGAGGCAGGUGAGGAUAGCUGGAGGGGAGCGCGUGAGGCCCUUUGUGCCCUUUGAGGAUCAAGAAGGUGCUUGUAGGCCGGGGUUAGGGAUUCGGAUGGAGGAGGUUAUGAAGUUGGGGGGGAUUGGGGGAAUUGGGGCGUUGGAUCUGGAGUGCCUGCUUGCGUAUAAUGGGAGUUGGAGGACGCCGGGGCGGGAGGGGGAGUGGAUCCUAUUACUGGGGGCUUGGGGGAUGGUCAUCACAGUGGUUAUUCUAGGAGAUACAGGAUAUUGCCGUGUCACAUCUGAUACUGAGCCCCCCAUGCUCAUUCUCUCGUCCCUCUUUGUUUGCUUUCGUUGGGAUAGCGCUCCUCCCUAUUGGUUGAUGACUACCUUUGGCUUCCACCAAUGCACUUUGAGAUUGCAGUUUAAUCUAAACGCUCUUAUCAUGUGA